AUGUUUCUAAUGACAUCAUCUCCUCUUUUGCUUCUCAUUGGGUUGGUCAGAGAAGGCUUUGCAUUGGCAUCUGAAUACAACUUCGGGGGCUUCGAAGCAGAUCCUGCAUGUACAAAAGACGACAAAAUCUAUCUGGUUAGUCUGUAUGCACACUUUGACAGAGGAACGAUAGAUGCCAUCUUCUCUGCCUUUUCUGAUUGCAAGGAUGAAAGAGAAGCUGUGGAACACUACCUGAAGAGCAGGGUGGUGGGGCCUUACAACGAAUUCCUAUCGAAGUACAAGGUGAAGAUUGGAUUCGAUGCAAAGGACUACGACGUCAACGAGCUUGUGCCAACAAAGAGGUUUGACAGUUCCUGUGAGCUUGUGGAACCUGUGAGCACAAGGACAACCACUGUCCACGAGCAUCUCCUCAGUACAUACAAGGACAAGAAGAUAGGAAUCCAUCUGUUUCUGUGGAGUUGCCCAUCUCAUAACGAAAACAUAAUGUCCAAGAUAGUAAUUGGCGAGCCGAAGGAAUGUGCAAGGUCAAUAGGUGUGUUGUGGAGAGGGACAGAAGACACAAUAGACUUCAUCAAGUCAGGAAUAUCCGAGGCCAUUUCCGGGGCGAAGGAUCUGUUUCUCAAUCAGGAGUACCCGAGUCCUAGGGAUGAAGACAAGCUUUCCUAUGUUUGCCAGUAUGUAGAUACUUGCAUAGCUUCCAAGCCCAGUGUUAAUGGAGCAAUAGUCUUUGGAAUUGAUGACACAAGCGAUGAAGACAUCUCUACACAUAUCGAUGUGGACAAUCAUCCGAGGGAGGUGUACAUCCCGCCAGAGAAGGGAGGUAAGAACCAGAGGGUGAUAUACAUCAACGAGCCUUCGGACUCUGGUGAUGAUGACUGCAAGUACUAA